AUGUCAUUGUUUUCUCGCAUGAGGGAGCUAAAACACUUUGUGCAAUCUAUGAUCAAUGAGGGAAUUUUGGACCAUCAGUUUUCCCAAGUUCGAGCUCUCCAUGAUGCUACUAAUCCUGAAUUCGUAGCUGAAGUUAUCAACUCUUUCUGUUGUGAUGGUGAUAGGAUCGUCAGAGAGAUCAACAUGUAUUUAGGUGUUGUUGACGUGAGUUUUUCUAAAAUGGAAGAAUCCUUGCAUCAAAUUAGAGGCAGUAGCUCCACCAUUGGGGCACGUCGCCUGAAGGUUGUUUGUGACGAACUUCUUCAAGCAUGUAUUGACAGAAACAGGGAUAGGAGUAUACGUGUUGCUAAUGAUGUCACUCGAGAGUAUUGCAUUCUUUGCAACAAGUUGGGAAGUGUACUUGAGAUGGAGGUUGCAAUUUUUGCAAUCCAAAGAUCUCAGAACUAG